AACUGCAAGUCCUAACUGUCUGUAUGAACGCAAAGCAAAUGAAUAAAUUGUCAAUGCAUAGACGCUGGUGUUCUUAAAGCCUUGUCUGAAUUCGGAAUGCUCUUUAUUUGAAACAAGUUGAUUGCAGUACAAACAAAUUUACAAAUAAAACUACUGAUUUAUAUAGAUGCAUGUGAAAUUCUAACAAGACGGUUUGUUUGUUUUUAAUAACUCAUUUUUAAGAUAUGCGUGUUAAAUGGUACAUCAUACCUCAAUUAGAAAGAGAACAAUUUGAUAUCUCGAUCAAGGCAAUCUAUAAAUAUUUAACCAAUAAAGAAACAGGAUUCAAAGAUACGCUCUGUGCACACAUGCACCUUUUAAGGUGAAAAAUGAAAUAAAAAAAAACUAACAAACAAUGUGAAGAUUUUGUAUCAAGGAUUUUUCAACUAACAUUGGCUGUGGACUUACAUUGAAUGAAGGAUGGGUGAAGAAGACUGUCGAAGGAGAAUAUUUAUCAUACUGAGUGCUUUAUUUGAAGUGGCAGCACCUCUAUUUAGACAACCUAUCAAAAGUCAUUUCUAUUCACGAGGGUUCAAAACGUUUCAAGAUUUUUUAAAUGAUCAAUAUGUGAAACAUUCUUUAUUUCAUAUGAAAUACUUCAACAAAAAAUGCUGUACAGAUACACAAAACUGUUCACAAACGCGACGAGGACGACUAGACAACCGUCAGUUUAAACAACUGUACACCGUUACUAGUGGUUCAUGUUCUCUUUUAAAAUGCCACUGUUGCAUUUUGGCAAACAAUAUCAGGUUAGACGAUAUAGAUAUAUCACUUGCAAGUCAUUUUCUUUCUGAAUUUUGUUCCUCAACUGCAAACCAACAUGCUUACGAUUCCUUACGUCAAUAUAGAAAUUGUUUAAGUCAUAGCGCUAAUGGUAUACUCGAUGAAAUUCGUUACAAUCAAAUUUGGGUGGAUCUGGAAAGUAAUAUAAUGAAAAUUGACAGCUCAAAAAAGGAUGAACUCGAUAGAAUUCAGAAGAGACCUUUAGAUGAGGCACUUUGCAGAAAAUAUCUUAUCGAUAUCAUCGAACAGCAACAGAUAGUGGAAAAAAUAAGUGACAACUUGGAAACUGUAAUAGCUAGACAAAGCCAACUAGCAGAUAAAACUGACAUGGACAGAUUGGUAAAGGUUAUCAAAGAAAUAGGAAAUGACAUAACCCCUGAGAAAGCUACUUCUUAUCUAGACGAGAACCCAGAUUUUCUGGACGGAUAUAUAUCAAACAAUGUGUCAGAUGUUAAGAUACUUGAUUUAUGCCGAAGGAAAGGAAUUAAUAUCAGUAAGCUAGAUCUCAACAGUACAAAACUUGGACAAAAAUUAUUUGUUCUGGAAAAACAAGUUAUUCUGAAAUAUGAAGAUGUCAUCGAAGAGCCAACCGGGGGCGUGUUUAUGAAUGACGGUACACUAGUUUUAGUUUCCUUCAUAGAGAAGAAGUUAGUAGUAUUUGACUCAAAAUUUGAUCAUAAUAUAACUACUCACUUGAAAGGAAAACCGUGGCAUGUUGUAGCUAUUGACCACAAAAAAGUAGCUGUUACAUUGCACAAAGACGCAAACUCCGAGACAGAGAAUUCGAUUCAUAUUUAUGACGUAGACAACAAAAAUGAAAUUGUUUCAAUUGUUUUAACAGAAGGCCCCUGUUAUUGUAUUGCCAAACUCAAUGAAUAUCUACUUGUUACUGUUGAUGAAUUUGGGCUUGUUUUCGUUAAUACAGAGACUUGUAAAAUUAAGCCUCACAAAAUUGAAGUGUCUAAACUCGGCGUACUUUGUGCGACAGAAAACAGAUUAUUUUUGACAAACAAGAAUAAACUUUUUUGCUGCAAAAUAUCGAAAAACUCGAAAAACUACAUGAAAUUUUCAAAGCGUAGAAUUCCGGGUGAACCGAGUAAAGCCACAAUGUUACCGAAUGGAACUAUGUAUAUAACUUGUACGAAUGGAAUAUUGCAACACGUUGCUGUCGAAGGGAAGCACAAAGCAGUACAUGGAUGUUUGGAUGAUCUAGUGAAUCCUUCAAUUAUCAAUUUCAGUUCAUACCAAGGGUUGCUCUAUGUUGCUGGAGGUGAAGGACUCGUUAAUGUUUACAGAAAACUGUUUUAGUCUUUACAAUAGUAUUAUUCUUUUGAUUUGAAGCAUAUUAUUUGUAGUAUGCCUCUUGCAAGUCGUUUUGAGAACAAUAAAUUCAAAAAGAUAUGUUUUGUCCUCAAAGGUUUGCUUGGUUUGGCUUGGUUGUUAACGUGCAUAUAUAUCGAAAACCAAGAUAUACACGUAAAUGUCUAUUGUCUAACAAUUUGUCAAUACUAUUACUAGAUCUUACAAGUGGACUGUUAGUCCCCGAAUUCAUCAUCAGAUUUGUAGUCAUUGCUUCGAUACUUAAAUAUAUAGCAUUUGUUACAUAAAUCAUUGUGUGUUACCAUCUAUCUAGUAAACAAAAUUGUUUUGGUAAUAUAUUUUUACGAGCUUCCACUAAAGCAUUUUCAAAUUAUUCUAAAUAAUACAAUAGAAUUGUACAAUGAUUUCGAAUGAAGUUCUGUUUGUAAUGGUAACAAAUUCAACCAUAUAUUUCUAACAAUCGGUUUUACUAUUGUUUUGAUACGUUAUCAUGUAACGACUCAUUUGAUAAAAGAGAUAUUAAACAAUUAUUUUGGCAUUUAGAGUAAAACUGGUACCAUUCAUGUUAUGACACCAUUUUCAUGGAAUUUUCGGAUCUGACAUUUUAUCCUUUCCCUUGUGAAUGCAUUUCCUAAUAAUGAAAACUCAGCUACCACAUUUGUUUUAUUUUGUUUUCUAUUUUCAUCUUGUGAAAUUUUCCUAUUUAGAGCUAUUAUGUCAUUUACAUGUAUCAAAUUAGCGAUGACUUUUGUGGUCAAAUUCGCUGUAUUUAUUUCCAAAAUUAUUUGGGUUUUUGAGCUUUUGAUACAUUUUUAUUAACCUUUGGAAUACUUUGUAGAUAUUGCUUAACUUAUAGUCCAUAUUCAUAGUAUAUGCUUACGUUCUACUGAUAUGUAUUUUCCUAUUAAAUUAUUAAUUUUUGAUAGUCAUUUUUUAAAUCAACCCAUCAAUUAAUUAUAAAUCAUGUCUGAAUGUCAUUAUACAAAGUUGUUACCCGAUUCAUGAAAUGAUUCAUUGAAUCCAAAGUGGUAUAAAGUAUACGUUGCUAACAAAACAUUUUCAUUCAAGAUAGACAAAGCAUUUUGAGAUUUGAACUAGUGAAUAAACUUUGAUGUAACAAGAUUGGUCUUUUGCUAACAGUUUUUCAAUCUUUGGGUUAGUACAUUAGGUAGAACUGAAAUGGGAUUAGCUGCCGAAUUCAUGUCAAUCAAAUUGACUCAAAAUUUCAAAUUUGAUUUAUGUGGUACCAUAACGCAUGAUAAAAUUACAAAUCAAAUUGCCAUAGGAAACAGUAAAAAAUACAAUAAAUCGCUUGAAAUUGUCAUCAUUUUGGACUGUAAUCCAUCUUAUUAAUCAUCGUCAUGACCUUCGUGUACGAUGGGCAUGUGACCCGAAGUGAAAAUAAAUAUAUAAAUAUAACCAGAUAAAAAUUAAUAGCGUGUGCAAUAUUAUAAGCGUGUGCAAUAUUAUAAUCGUGUGCAAUAUUAUAAUGACGAUUGUCUUAAUUCUGUUCGAAUUCAUUUCAUUUACGUAUAUGAAUUAAUCAGGAUCAUCUUCGUUUUACUUGUAAUCUUCAACGAAUGAUUUUUGAAGACCGAUUUAGUCAACAAAACCAGUCGUUUAGUUUCAGUUGGUUUUUUUCAGCUGACAUUAUUUUCAAUAACUAAACAUAUUAGUCACAUGCGCAAGCAAUCUCAAACAUAAGUCAAAUAUCGGCGCAUGUAGACAGAUGCAAAUGAGAUGAAAUUAUUGUCUUGUAAGGUAUUACUGAUUUGUGUUAACUUAUUUCGAAAAAAAAAAUGAUCCAAACUGACUGCUGAAGGAGAAUUGUUCUUAUAUUAAAUGUUUGGACCAAUAAAAAAACGUGCUUUAAUUAUUCUCAACUUAUGCUGUCAAACUGGAAGCUAAUACCUGUUUUAAAAUAACAAAAUUUUCUCAUUUUAACAUGUUCCCACUUUUUUUUUAUACCAACGACAAAACACUAGAUCGUUGCGAGUAUGUCAAUAAAUUUUCUUCGUGGCUUUUAUAUACAUGUGCAUUACAUAAUUUCUCCCUUAACAUGUUGCAAAGUUAUAUUGCUAAAUUGUCUAGACUUUGAUAUUUAUUCAAUUUGAUAUUUUUAUAGCUUUAGAUUUUUGAACAUUAACUUAUCGUAACUGGUCCAUCACACAUCAAAAUGAUCGUCAUCAUUUAUUUUUUUUUCUAUUUUUUUUUGAUAAUGUUCCAUUCGGCUUUGUGAUGAAGAAGAUUAUUUCAAAAUAUUGUUUAAUUUCAUGUAUCACAUUUUCAUUAUUUAGAUCAUAAUUGUUUAGUGUCAACUAUAAUAACUUAUUUAUAUAUGCAUUUGCUUUUCAAAGCCUACAUUUUUGUCUCCGUACUAGGCAAUCCAUUUUCCUAGAACACGAAUUUGUGCAACAAUGGCCUUCCCGUUAAUAAUUUUAUUAAUUUAUAUUCUUAGUCUUUGGUGCGACCAUUUAAACAAAUGUAAUAUAUACUCAAAUGACCCCUCUUUUGACUAGCUGUUGAUCUACAAUAUUUAAAAUAAACUCAUCAUAGAUACAAGGAUAAAUGCGAGUUCUUUAAAUUUCGGGUUUAAACACGUCCCAAUGAAUCCAACGGUCUAUUUCUCUAUUUUUGUGACAAAAGUUAAUAUAUUCAGAUUGAUUUUUUUGUUCUAGGAGAGAUUUACUCAGUUUUCAAAAGCACACCCUUUUCUUGACACAUCUUUUUUAAAACGGAGUGGCUAUUUGUCCGGCUAGCCGGACGAAUAGUGCUAGGGCUAUUUGUCCGGCUAUUGCAAUGCGCAUGUCAUUUUAUGUGCGUAUGAAAGUGAGUGUAAUAUUAUCUUCAGCAGCACCAGGGGUCGCGUGUAAUCCGAUCACUGAUUCAUGGCUGAAAACGGGGAUAUUAAUAUUUGUGAUAAUUUUCCAGUUUUCAGAAUUUGACAAGGGAAUACGAUAGUAUAACUUAAAAAAAGUGGGGGAUGUGGGAUAUAGGAUUAUAAAAAGUGGGGAUAUGAAAUAUAGUGGACAAUAAAGGUGGGAUCUGGGUAAAAAGAAAAGAGGGAUUUGGAAACUGAAGGAACGCCACGUGUUACCCCAACCCUCUCAUCACCCCUAACUCAAAAUAUGGACAACUUUAUGUUAAGGGGAUUUAUAACUCGAUCUGUUUGAAAGUCUCAGACAUGAUAAUUUUGUACCUUUUUCAACAAGAAAAUCCUUACGUUAACUUAAUCUAAAAUGCAUGAGCCAAUCGCGACCCAAGUUUGGUUUACAAGUAAUUUCCUCCAUCUUUUUGCAAUGUGAAGCAAUAGAUAUAGAUAUAACAUUGAAUAUAUAUGAUUUUUUUUUCUAAUAUACAUUGACCACAUUGGACUUUAUUUGAAGAAAACAACCAUUUCAAUUACCCGUAACAAAAUUGGGGCCUAACAAUUUAAGAUUACAAAACAUUGCUUUAUAGAUGUCCAUAUAUAUAAUUUGCCACACCCUGGUGCUGCAGAAGAUAAUAUUUCACACUCACAGACAUGUGCAUUGAACUGGCCGGACAAAUAGUCCUGGUACUAUUCGUCCGGCUAGCCUUUUUAAAAACCAAACGAUCACUUAGAUUAUCAUUAUGAUAAAUGGUCGCCGGUUUAAUUUAUAUAUAAUCUCUGUAAAAUUAGGAACAAUUAAUAUUAGAUCUAUAUUACAGGUGAGGAUUUUGAAAAUGAAUAUCCUGACCUGAACAAACUGAAAUGAAUAAUCUUGCAUAAGACAGGGUGAAAAUGAAUAUUCUGCAGCACAAAAUGCAGGAAAUAUUUGUGUACAAAAAUGCUCAUAAAUUUUCCUCGGAAAAAAUAAGCAUAUGUAGCAACGGAUGAAAAUGAAUAAUGAAUAGUAAAAACACCCCCCCCUCCCCCCUUUUCCCCAAAAAUAUAUAGAUAUAUAAUGGUCUUCUACUUAAAAUAUCUCCCAGCAGUAGGAAUUCAAAUUCUAUUUUCUUUAAUAAAUUCAUUUGUGUCAUGGUUGCUUGUGUUUGCCUAUGAAAAUAUCUGUUCUACAAAUCGUAAAGAUGUUCAAGUGAUUACAAUAAUAACACGUCAGAAGUAUCAUUGUCAACCAUAUUUGUUGUGUGUCUCAUUGUUUGUCUAUCUUUGUCUCCUGAACUUUUACAUUAGUGCCGCUAAUAUCAUUGUGUAAAGAUGUCUAUUUGUGGUUCUUUGCUAUAUAUAUAUGUAUGUUCUUUUUUUUUUGUCACAUUCACAUUUUUAGAGAAGUCUUUUUGCAAUCCAUCCUUUUUCCCCCACUUCUAAAACCAGACAUGCACACCCAAUCAUUUUGACGAUCUUGCAUAACAUGGCCUUUUUAUAAACAUUUACGGCACAUUGUUCAUUGCAACUAGAAAACUAUUUGUUGCAGUUGUAAUAUUAUUAAUUUUUUGUUGACAAGAAUGACAGAUUUUGGCAUAAUAUCAUUCAAGGUAUCUAUGUAUGGGUUUAUCUAAUAUUUUGCUUAGUACUUAAUUCCGUCUCCAGUCUCACAGUUUUUUACUUAACCAUCUAUGCAUAACCUAUCUCUUAAAAUACCCUGGAUAGAUAAUCCUGAUAAAGUAAGAGCUCUAUAUUUACUCGUCAUCCGCUGACAAUGCAAAAUGUUUAACUUUUAUUCGUAUUUGGUUAAAGAGUUGUGGAGUAUUGAACUUUUUUGUCGAUUCAAGGGAAUAUUUCUGCCACGCAGAAUUUAAACGUGGAACCAGGAGUUACUAUCUUCCUGAAUAUCAAUAAAUAAAUUCUCCAUAUAUCUCAGAUUCUUGGUUAAACUUUUGUACAUCCAGCAUGAACUUUUUGAGCUAUGGCCGGCUUUGUAUAUUUAGACAUUUGUAAGCCAUAAAGAACGGGCGGGUUUGGCCGAUCUAUUUUCAUUUUCAAGGGUUUCAUUCGAUAGCUAUUAAAGUUGAGAAUUGAUUUUGCGUGACCAAUGUGGUCAUAAUUGUUUUUGUCAUCGGAUUUGUCUUUUAUUUUUAGUUAUAGUGCCAAAAUAACUCGUUGAUAGUCAAUAAGAUCACUUUACAUGCGUGUGUAAAAACAAAAGUGAAUAAACCUGUCUAUAGUUUUCUAUAUCCAGGAUAUAAUUAUAUUUUAAAGGCUAUUUUUAUAGAUUAACAGUCUCAUUAGGAUAUAGAGCUCUGAUUUUGUUAUGUUCAUACGACUAAGCGAGUUGCGAUAGAUCUGAAUUUUAACUGAAGAGUUUCAUAAGUUCUUAUGUUGUGCAGUUACAACACCGUCCCGUAUAAAAGGGAUUUUUUAACUCGUGCAAACCCUUUUGACCCAGCCACAUGUCUCAAGUCAGAACCUGUAAAUCUAUCAUAUAUGUUUUUCGUUUAUUGUUUUAUUAUAUAAAUCAGGCUGUUUCUCGUUUGAAUUGUUUCAGACUUUGUCAUGUCAGGAACUUUUAUAGCUUACUACAUUGUAUACAUAUAUACGGUAUUGGUUUUGCACAUUAUUCUAUGGUUGUUUAACAAUUAGAUAUUCAAGAGUAUUAUCAUUUUAACUUGUUCUUAGUGCAACCAAGCUUUGUAACCAGUUUUUUUCUUGCAUUUAUAUCUCUGACUUUUUGUUAUAGUAAACAUACAUUUGUAGACCUUUGACGAAGCAUUGUAAGAAGCAAAUAUAAGUUUUCAUCAACCCGAUGUAUAUUACAGUAUAUCAACUGAGGAUGCAGUCCGAAGUCAAAUUUGUCCUUGGUUAAUAUACUUUCAUGGAUCGAUAAGAAGGGAUACCUGUAAAGUGCGACACGAAAUAGAAAUAGUACGAAGGAAACAAAUUUCAAAACGGAGGAAAAAAUCGACCAAACAAGUUGACAUUCGAUGAAACAAACCGAAAUUGACCGAAACGAAACGAACUCAAACAAUUUGUAUCAUUUUGUUUAGAGUGAAAAAGUUUCAUUCUUAAAGGUUAGGGAAAUGCUGUAUUAUCUGAAUUUUCACAAUGACUAAAAACAGAUAUUUGAGGGUCUGGAUAGGGGAUCCUUCAUUUCAGUAUACUUUAAUUUUUUAGGUAAUUUUUUCUCUAUUCUUUAUAUUUUUUGCCCAUUAUUCUCUAUUCUUUAUUUUUUGUCCUAUUUUUCUGCAUUCUUUGUAUUUUCUAGCCUUUUUUGUACUUUUUGUCCAAUAUUCUCUAUUCUGUAAACCUCAUACACACCCUCAUUUCAUAUUACUGUGUAUCCCACAUUCUCUGUAUAGUCGUUUUUCGUAAAAGACUUUAGACUAAUACAAAAGUGUGACCGUUUUUUGUUUGUUUUUUUCGGACAAACGACAAAUUCGAUACAAUGCAAAUACAUGUAUAUACAGGGACGAUGCUUCUUCCAUUGAGGUAGUGAGGCAGCUGCCUUGUCCAAUAAUUAACCAAGGAAACAAAAUAGAAAAGUAAAACGAGAGGACUAAUGUACCGCGUGUGUUCCGUACUGUAGAGUGGUUACUACCGACAACAGAUUUGUUUAGUUUAGUUGGCAUGUUUUUCAUUAGAAGUGGACAUUCCCAUAUGAUUCAACUGUUCUUCUAUUCCUAUCCUUCUAUAAUCCGGCCUGCAGUUUGGCUGUGCGGGAUUUAUAAAUUAACAGCUACGUCCGGUCGGAACGAGGACAAAACAUCCGAUGUCUCGUGUAGAGAGGCAGCCACGCUAAGGAAACCAUUGUAACAACUCCUAGCGGUCGGAAAGUGGUCAUUACUGUUUCCCUGUAUAAAUGCCCAUCUUUACCAGUUGCCGUAAAAGUUCUUGUAAUAUAUCCUGGCCGACUUAUUCUGCAGAACCGAUACAUUUGACUAUUAUUAUUCUUGUCAUGAAUAUGCAUGCGAUAGCUGUCAAUUAACGUAAAACAAACAAUAACUAAUCAAGCAAAUCUCUUUACAAGAUUACUUUUUAAAACUGUAAAUGCUGAAAAAAUCUUUUGCGACGCCGGUUUGACUCUUGAUCCAUCCACUCGUAAGCCGUAUUUUUUGUGGACUUUGAACUGCAACGAGGCCUUGGACUCCCAAACUUCAAAUUGUUUGUCUCACUAAAAAUAAUGAUUAAAGAAAUCUUAAGAGUAAAAAUACUCGUAUUAUAUAAAGUCAUAUACAUUUAAGUAUAACUUACGAUCAAUUUAAUCGUAAGAUUUUUUUUGUAAAAAGAGUCGCUCAAGUCUUCCUAAAGAACAAGGUUUACACAGUAUAAACCAUUGUGUAAAAUCAGAUGGUAUUAGCAGACCGUUGAUUUUUUUUUAUUCCAUUUCGUUUUAUUUUGUUUCGUUUUGCACAUUACAGGUUCCCGAUGAAAACAUGUAUUUAGUGUGACGUCCAUUUUCGCAGAAUAAAUACAUUGUUGUUUAGGGGCCAACUGAAGCCCACGGUGCGGUAUAAUCUCACUGUGUUGAAGACCCAUUGGUGGCCUUGUGCUGUGUUCUGCUCUUUGGACGAGUUGUUGUCUCUUUGACACAUUCCCCAUUUCCAUUCUCAAUUUUAUUGAGCUAUAUGAAAAGGUUAUAACAUCAUAUUUCUCAAAAGCUGUGACACCUUUUGAUAAUGAUCAUUUGACAUCUCCUUUACUGAUUUAUGUAUUUAUUUAUUUUUAUUUAUUUCAAAUUCGUACUGUGAAUAUAAAAUUUAAAAUCUUGCAAAUAUUUCGCCCAACAUUGCUUUUUAAAAUCGAUGCACGGGACAUGAAUUGACAAAUUAUAGCUUGUGAAUAAUAUGAUGUUAUGAUACGUUGCCGACAAUACGGUACGGGUUUUUCUCAUUCUUGAAGGCCGUACGGUUGCCUAUAAUUGCUUACAUCCACUUCAACCUUUGGUGGAUAGUUUGUUUCAUUGGGAAUCAUACCACAUCUCCUUAUUUUUAUAGUUUUCAGUAGGUGUAAAAUGCAGAGAAAUCAAAAAUUUUCAAUAAGUUGUCUAAUUUCUGAAAAUGCUAUUUCUUCCAUGUAGCAAAGAAGAUCUUUAAAGGUUUUUUUUCCAAAUUACUUAUUUUGAUAACCUAAAAAAAACGACACUGCAUGGUUAAAUAAACUUCCUCACCUUGCAAUUUGGACCUUCUUCAAUCGUAAAUAUAAUACACUCGGCACAUAGUUAUAGGAAGAGCAGAUAAAUUGGUAAUUUUCGUUGACUUCGUGGGAUUUGUGUAGAUUGGAACCUAAGACGAUCAAGACAAUUAUAAUGGUCCGAGUACACAGUUAUUUCGUAGUGCAUUUCUUUUAGACAAUAAAUGAAAAUUAAAAAAAUCCCACCUGCGCUUUCUCAAUAAUAUUUUUACAGUGUGUUGUACUACUUUUGGGACAAAUUAUAUCAAAUUUAUAGAAAACUUCAUCGGCUCUAACUCAAAAUAUGGAUAAUUUCAUUUUAAGGGGGUCUUCAAAUUUUUUGACAGCUUCCGAAGUGCUAAUUUUUAACAUUUUUCAGCUGGACCAAAUCACUACUUUACUUAAAAAUUCAUGACCCAAUUUUUUUUACAGUGUCAUUUCACCCCCCUACUUACUAUUUGAGUCAUAAAACAUGGAGAAAUAAAUUUGGAAGGGGUAUAAAAAAAAUCAACAAGUAACACACUGUCCACACUAGGGACUAUAUACUGUUUGAUAUGUUGAGAUCGAUACCUCUUUUUGUUGACCAGUAGUCUCCGAAGGUAUUAUUAACCUAAAGUAAAGUAAUCUUUGUUUGACCUGGUAGCCAGUACUUCGGUACUGGCAUGAACAUACGAUAAAAUUGUUUUAUCUACAUUUGCUGUUAUAAAAUGAGCUGCGUCGGAUAGAAAUAGACCUUAUGCAAGUUGCAUGUACAUGUAUAAGACUUUGAUUGAUUUUGGAACAUUCAAAUUCGAAAUAAAAGAUGAAUUUUGGUCUGGUAGGGUUCUUACAUCAACUCAAUUUUCAGUUAAUACCUUGCAAAGAGAUUUUGUUCCACCCGUAAAAGGUUACCAGAUGUAUUGAUAUCCAUUUGCAUAAGGUCGAUUUCUAUCCGAUGCAGCUCAAAUGUUUAAAUCCUUUUAGAUUAAGGAAUAUAUUUACCUUAUGCAUAGCUCUGUUUACUUGUCCUGGUUUGGCUUUGCUUUAGAGCUGUUUUGGUUUGAUCAGCUCUUCAAUAAUUUGUAUCAUUUUUUGACUUUUCAAAUAUUUGGCCCGAGCAUACUGAAGAGACAUUAAAAGUCGAAAUGCACAUCUAGUGCAGUAAAAUUGGUACCGUUUAUGUUAUUGAGUUGUUGUUAAAUCUAAAUAACAGUUAACCCUCUUACAUUGUAAUUGAUCAGAAAACAUUAUAUAUGUAAAUAUAUUGUUUAGAUUCAGUACUGUAAUAUGUGACUUUUUGUUUCGUUUAUCAAUAAAAUGUGUUUGUUUA